AACGCCCUCUUGCGGUUAAGAAGUGCAACGGAAGUAUCAAAUGUAGUCGUACAUGAAAUAUAGAUUUACCUGAAAUGUGAAUGAAAAAGAAUAUUUAGGAACGAUUGUGAAUAUAACUUAAGAAUGGGGUGUCGAAGCGAAGGUGGAGUACGAUGCCUUAGAAUUUUUGUCAUCACAGAUGCAAUACUGAUUUGGCUGAUUGGUGGAGCCAUUUUUGGCUUUUCUAUGUGGCUGUUGGUGGACUUCUUUGUGAAUGAGUACCAGGCUGCUACAGCGGAGCUGAAGGAGUCCAAAUACGUCAUCUAUGUCUUUGUGGCGGCCAGUGCGUUCAUGGUGGUCUACAGUCUGAUUGGAAUCUUUGGAGCCAUCAAACCGAGCUGGAAAUGUCUCCUUGUUAUAUAUCUGGUUUGUCUGGUUCUCUCUAUGCUGGUGUUGAUUGGUGGAACCGUCUGGUGCUAUGUAUACAGAUUUCAGAUCGAGAUAAAGUUAAAGCAGACCUUCCAGACCAUUGUGCCCAAUAACUAUGGCAAGAACACCAUGGUUACACGGGCCCUUGAUUUCAUGCAGAGUGAGCUGGAAUGCUGUGGAGGACAAGGAUACACAGAUUACAAGAAUUCCGACUGGAGUAACAAUCUUCAGAUUAACGACGUUAUCGGCAACACCAAUAAUAACGUAGCUCCUCUGAGCUGCUGCAGUUUCUACGACAGAAAUAAGGACACACAGGACUCCAACUACCAGACCUGCCAGAUGUGUUUGGAUCAGCCCAGCGGACAGAACAUACUGGUCUGCUCCAGGGAAAACCCCUACAUAUGGAAAAAACCAUGUAAUGAGGCAGUUGUCGAGUUCUUCAAAACGAACCUUGGGAUUGUAGCAGGAGUGGCUAUUGGUGUGUUGACUUGUCAGCUGUUUGGAAUUAUCUUGACCUCCGUGUUGCUGUAUUUAUACAACAGUAGAUACACACCAUACGAAGCAAAUAACGAUGAUGUUGUCUAUGAAAUGGCACGGUGUCAAGAAAAAUCGCCCUACCCAACACGUGGGACUGGGCCUUAUGCCAACCUGUACACCAACUGAACCAGAUAUUAGUGACAAUAUCACCGAUACAAUCAUUUGUCAUCACAUUACGCAGUGUAAAAUAGCCAUACUACAUGUACUUACCCACCGCAUUCAUUUACGUCAUCUCUGAGAGAACAUUGGAAGUAGAGGUUGUCUUUUUCUGAGUCAUGUAUUUUUAGAUGUGAUGCCGAGAUCAUAGGCUUUGAUCAAGGUUGUAUUUAAUACCAAGCUUUUACAAGGUCUUAGUUUGUCUUGAGCAAGAUUUUUCUAUUUUAACCAAGAAUUAAUGGAGUUUAUAUGCAUUGUUUAUUAUCUAUGUGUGUUUCGUCUGCUUUUUAUAUAGAAAUUGACUACGCGACCACCUGCUAGUGCAUAGAGUGUUUUGAUGUGACUUGAUCACACAAAACAUGAGGGACAGUUAUCUAGAAGAUAGGAAUGAGAAUCAUUAUUUUUUUUUUAUCAUGUGAUUUUUAUUGACACAUUUUUAUUCAUGUACACGUAUUUAUUGAUAUGUUUUGUCUUUUUUCUGUAUAAAUCUGUGUUUACCCUUAACAAAUUUUCUCUGAGGAGAACCCAUGUGCAAUACAAUUAGUCAGUUCAUUUGAUAAUUGUACAGUAUAGUGUUAAUAAUUCACACAACUAAUUUUUUGAUAACAAAAUUUCUUCAAAACUUAUAACUCAUGAUUUAAAAAAAAAAAAAAUUAUGCAGCAUUUUUUGAAGAAUGUUUAGUAUAGAGUAUACUUUUUCAGAUAUAUGUACUUUUUAAUCUAACCUUGUUUGAUGUUGUUUGAGAUAUUGAUUAUUUAAUUUUUGCCUCAUAUACGAUAAAGUCAUAAUACAUGUCUCUAUGUACAUUUUGAGGGUGUUGACAAUUUGAUGUAGAUUUUAUAGUCAUUUCAUAUCUCCAUGUACACUGUACAUUACAAUUUGACAUAGAUUUUUUUAGUUUUGUAGUUCGCUGUUAGAAAUGUGAUGUGGUUAUUGUUCAUUCUUAUAGACCAUGUAGACUGUUAACUCGAUGUUAGGGACUUGUGCCUGUUUACCAACACUCCUUCACUUAAAUUCUGUUUUUGUCGUUGAUUUUCGCUCAAACCCAUAAAAAAAGAAAAGCAGAAAGAAAGUCAGAUACACAUAUUAAUACUUAUUUAAUGGUUUUAUUUUUUUUUUUAAAUUGUGUGUUGAUUGAUAUUUCAAGUUUUGAUAUUAUAUUUGAGUCAUUUUAAAUUUGUAGCGGGCCAAAUUUUAUUUUAUUUUUUGGUCAUAUAUUGAAUAUCAGUGAUCAUGCAGUGAUGUUGAAUUUAUAUAAGGUUAUUUUUUUUCUUGCAAAAAUAAAGUGAGAAAUAGUUAACCUUUUUAAGAAUUUAUCAGUUUUGUUGUGAUGAUGUUUUAUGAACUUUUGGGACCAUAUUGUGUAAACAAAUCUACUUGAAAGAUAAAUAAGAGACCAAAAUGUCAAUUUCCUUGUCAUCUCUUCAAGCAAUUAUGUCUUUAAUCUGAGAUUUUUUUAAAAAAUGAUUUCAAUUACUGUUAUAAAGUUCAUUAUACUUCUUUCACACGUAUGUGUUGGCCACAUGAUUACCAACAGAUUUUUUCCCUAGAGAACCUUCAUCAGUGCAGUGUGAGGUUAUGUACAUGUAUUUAUGUUAUGUUGUGUAUGUCUUGCUUGUUUGCAGGUGAUAAUUUUUUUGGUAUAUAGUGUUUUGAUUUUGCUAGAAUAUGGAGUAGAUGGUCAUUGUUCCAAUUAUUUUUAGAAAAAUGACAGUAUGAGAGAUAUUCCCCUUAAUCUAGCUGUAAGAAAUUCAUGCACAGCUGAUAAUGAAAGGAUAUGUGUAUGAAUCCACCCUCACAGCAAAUUGAUGCAGUCUUUAGAUAUUAAGAUAUAAGAGUUCAAAGUAUUGACCUAAAUUAUUCAUUGUUUAACAUACUAGUAUUAUAUAAAUUUACCAUACAUUUACAUAAUUUCCAAUAACUAAGUGAUGAAGUGGUAAGAUAUAUGUAAAAUUAGCAUGAUAAGAGCUGUUUGAACAAGACAUCAGACUUUGUGCAGUACAGUAAGUGUCAAACUCCAAUUUGAUGUAGGUGGGGUCUACUCAUGAUUAAUUAUCCAGUCAUUUGGUAAUGGAUGUGAAAACAUUGAACGCUAUGACACUUGUCCAAUUUUAUCCGGGGACAUUUCUCUUAAAACUUACUGUCAAUUUUUCACAAGAGUAGACCUUUAAAAAAAAAUUCCAGUUUUUACAGUCUAUGAAUAUUGGUGGGCUUCUCUUAAUUAGCAAUUCAGAAGUUACUCAGUAUUUGACUGCUUGUAUUGUUUGAAAAAUUAUAUCAUACCAUCCUACCAAAAGUUUAUGCUCUUGUUAAAAUGGCUCUACAGUGUGACACAUCUUUUCAUCUGUUUCACAUCUUCAACAUGCCACAGACAUCCCAUGAUUCCUUUUAUAUCUAUUGGAUUAUAUGUUAUGCAUGUGAAAUGUAAUUAAAGGUUGUAUGAAGCUUAUUUGGUUGUAUGCAUCCAGUGAUUUAAGAAGUGAAUUUUUAGUUGGCAGUAUUGAACAUAUACAUUGUAUACGUGUAUAUUCAAUUUGAAAAUUCACAUAUUUCUAUAAAUGAUGUUGUAUUUUAUUGGCAAAUAUUGUAACUUUUAUUGUACAUGUGAGAAUAAAAUUAAUUUAUCUAUAAA